GCUGCGAGCGGUGCGUGCUCGGCGCCUCUUGCCCUCUCCUUCCGUGUACACACUGGCGCAGAGCAGCCUUCCCCGCGCAGUCACUUCCGAGGCGUGAUGGAUGCCGCCGCUGUCCAAUGGCACCGCGCAGGGCCGGGCGGCAGGAGAGUUAACUCUGCUGGUACCUGACGGAGGUGCCGGACGCUGUUAAUUAAUCGUAAUUAAUGCUGGCCGUGAGGUUGGGGCAUGGCGGCUGUCCUUAGCAGGACACGCUGCCGGCCUCUUGGCUCACCAGGGCUCUGCGCCGGAGCCGCGGUGCGUCGCGUGUCCCUGGCUAUAUUAGGGCACGCUCGUGCCCUGCUUCAAAAGUGUUCCUAAACCAGCCGGUGGUUUUCUGCCUUUUAUUUUUCGCUUUCCCCUCGAGGACAGCGUGCUCUGUCACUUUUCACCUCAUUCCUGCGCCCACCUGGGCAAUCUGGGGAUGUAUCGGCGCGACGCUCUCCCGAUUCCAUCAGCCUCGAGCGGUGACUGAUGGCCGGAGCGCGCUGCGGGGCUGGGCGCUGAAAACCUCGAGCUGGGGAGCCAGGAGAGGACAGCUGGGAGUGCUGGCCCCGCGGCACUUGGGGUUUGUGGGAUAAGCUCGCUCGCUGAUGGUUUCUGUAAACAUCCAGCUGUGAAACACUUGAGCAGCGCUAGCACUUUCAAUUAUCAGGAAGUUUCAGGCUCAGCACCCUGUCGAGAUGAGCAGGCAGUUUCCACUUCUGUCUGAGCUAUUGUUUCAGGCUAUCUUCAAACUCGGGCAGAGCCUUCCAAGCAUGAAGCAAGCGCAAAGCCACGCGGCACCGCGACCAUAAACAUGAGGACCGGGGGGAAGAGAGGCAGCACCGCGAAGCUCCCGGGCGGGGGGACGGAUCCCGUAGCAAAUCCCCUCGCUUUGCAUGGCAGCAGGACCCCAAAUAGCCACACCACUGCCUUCCUGUGUCACAGCUGGUGAAGAUGUCCAAACUGAUGUCUGGCCAUGUGCAUGGGAUCUGAUCAGACCCUGUGUGAGUGAGCCGAGCCGUUUGCUGCUCGGUGCCUCGGCUCCUCUGCAUGGGAGAGGGGUGUCUUUGGGCUCACGAUGCUGGGACGUGAUUCGGGUGCAGCUCUGCCACCACCUUUGUGAGCGCACGGUGGGAAGAGCGCCCUGCGCUGUGGCUUGUGAGGACCGGCAGUGUCUUCUGUGUACCUGUCCCCUUCGGCCACCUCGUGUCCCCCGAGGUCCUGGGUUCCAGCUGUGGCAGGCGUACCCUCCUGGUACCCUCGUGGUGCUCCACUCCCUCACCACAGGCUCUCUGCAGCAUCUGACGAGGUUGUUUACCAAAGCAGCGCAGCCCGUCUGAUCUCUGUCCAGGCUUCCCCAGAGAGCGCCCCAGAGAGCCGUGUCCUGGCAGCUCUCGCGUUUGCUCCAAAGGUUCCCGAAUCUCCCCUUUGCUGCUGGAUGCUGGUUCCGAUCCAUAAGGGAAAUGGAAAGCUGGCCAGCUGGGCGAGGGCUGCGCGGAGAACAGUAAACAGUGACUCACCCCUCCUGGUGUCUUCUCCCUGCUCGUGUCAAAUAUAUUGCCUCGCAUACGCUCCCGGAUUCACGCCGGCAGCCCGGCCCUCCCCUCUCCUGUUCCGAAUGAAUGACAGGCGUCAGUCUGCCUCGCGGGCUGUGUGAAGGUUGUCAGAGCAGGGGAAGGGCUUUCUGAAUGACGGGCGAGGGAUGGUGCUCGGCGUGCCGUGCUGCAGCCUGUCAGAGACCCGCGUCGUGCCUCCGAGCGGCGGGGGCACGGAGAUGAAGAUUGAAGCGUCUGUGGUUCCCUUCGCCUGUUGGAUCCGGCGGUGUCCUUGGGAAGCGCGUCCCUCCGGCUAGCCUCCUGGAGCUGGGAGUGAUUUGGGGAUAAACGGGAGAUUUGGGUAACUUGCUACAGCAGCUGCCCGGGAAUUAAAUCCCUGAGUUUGGGAACGAGCAGAGAAUUCCCCUCGGUGCUCAACUGAGGCUCGCCGGCGGAGAUCCCCGCCGCCGCUUGAACGUUUCGCUGUUUUUCUGCCCUCUGGAAGUCGGCGCUGGCCUGGCUGGAGUUGCAAUUUCUGAGCAGUUUUGUCCAGAAGACUGUGCUCAGGUUAUGACGACUAAUCCCAAACCGAACAAGGCGUUAAAGGUAAAGGAGGAGUCGGGAGAGAAUGCCCCCGUGCUGAGCGACGAUGAGCUCGUGUCAAUGUCCGUACGGGAGCUGAACCAGCACCUGAGGGGUCUCACCAAGGAGGAGGUCAUCCGGCUGAAGCAGCGGAGGCGCACGCUGAAGAACCGGGGCUACGCUGCCAGCUGCCGCAUCAAGCGCGUGACUCAGAAAGAGGAGCUCGAGAGGCAGCGGGUUGAGUUGCAGCAAGAGGUGGAGAAGCUGGCCAGAGAAAACAGCAGCAUGAAGCUCGAGCUGGACGCCUUGCGCUCCAAGUACGAAGCACUCCAGACCUUUGCUCGUACUGUGGCGCGAGGGCCUAUUACCCCGGCCAAAGUUGCCACCACCAGUGUCAUCACCAUUGUGAAAUCCGCCGAAAUCUCAUCCAGUUCUGUGCCGUUCUCAGCAGCGUCCUAGUGCCCUCGGGGGGGGGAACUAGCAGCCUUUCGGAGGGAGGGGAGAAGGCUCUUAUGCAUUGUUCCGGAGUCCUUGGUCACGUCAAGAAUUGGCAUCUUAACGAUUCUCUUCCAAAAGCGCAAAAAAAAAAAAAAAGAAGAAAAGGAAAACAAAACAAACAAAAAAAAAACAAACCCCAAACCUGUAAAGGGAACUUAACUGGCUGCUUCUCUCUGGACUCGGUGGCUCCACCAACCCCUCGUGUCCAGGAUUGAGCUCUGUAUGCAGUACAAGUUGCUUCCUCCUUCCCCCUGCCUCCCCCGGCCCCCUCCCCGCCAUGGGCAGCUUUCCAGCUGGGAGAAGAUACCCGAGGAGCCUCCGGAGUCUUCGUGAACGAUGCUCAAGAGCCAGGAAACAGAUGGACCGUAGAAAUCGUCACGUGAGAUGAAUGUAUGGAAAAGAGUUUCCUUUAGUGGCAUCCUGCUCCCUGUCAGAAGGGUCUCCCCUACCCUCCCCGCUUCCAUCUGCUGUCGUGAGGGCAGGGAAAUAGGCAUUUCGGUUUGGGCUUCAUCCUGCCAAGAGUGGAUGGGAGUGGGAGGAUGAUGGAGACUAAUGCUUGGGUGUGACCUCACACAUUAGGAACAACCUUUUGUUUUCAAUCCAUGCUGUUAAAAUAUGGAAAAAUAUAUAUUUUACAUAUUUUAAUACGCCCCACUACCUGUGUGGCCUAUAAAAAAUAUUACAUUGCAGCCUCCUUUAUUCCAACCCCAAGUUUCCUAAUAGCUCCUUCCCUAAGGUGUGCCUGUGAAUUGGGUAUAUUUAUGCAGUGUAUUUCUUCCAAAUGAUCCGCGGUUUUGAAAUAGCGGCUUUUUUUUGUUUUAUUUUCAUGGAUUCCCUGAAGCUUAGGGGAAGGAGGCACAGUAAAUGCUGUGAAGAGCUGUGUGAUGGGGAGGAGAGGGGGAGACGAGGAGGAACGAUGCUGGAAGUAUUACCAGGUGGAGGCUGCGAGAUGGCGGGGCGGUUCUGCUGGGCUCAGUGCUCUGAGAAGGGGUUUGCGUGGAGUAUUUGGGACAUUUUUAAAGCACUGAAGUGUAACCAGAGGGACACGGAGAGAAGGAGAGACGUUAGAGCCUCCUCUUUGGUGGAAGUGGUGGGUAGGCAGUGAUGGUCCCAGCUGCAGAGCUGGGCUCUUUGAUGGCCGUAGGAGGGCUGUGGGGAGGUCAGAUGGGAGCCGUGCGAGGCUUUUCCUCUCUGUCUCGUGUCAGUCAGGAUCCAAAGAGUACAGCCUACAACCCUCAGUGUUCAGACAACCUGUGUGAAUGUGACCCUGAAACUUGACGCUUCCUCUCGGGAAUCUGUGAAUUGCCCCGGGAGACGCACGGAGGGCAGGACGAAGAUGGUCGCGUGUAGGGGAAGGAAGAGUUGGGACCGAGAAGUCGUGCGUGUGGCUCUGAGCAGUGGUUGGGGAGAGGGAUUUCUGGCUCGGCAGUGGGCAGGAAGCCAAGAGGAGGGAUUCUGCUGUCGCGCAGCAGCGCCGAAAGGACGAGUGUUUCCAGGUCACUGUAAAAAAUAGCUAUGUUGGUGUUUGUGCGUUUCGUUGUCUUUUUUAUUUUCUUUUUGAAGUAGGAAAGAAAAGGGACUGUGAGUUUGGCAGGGCAGAGACUUGUGGAAUGGACGAUGCCUGUUGUCACGCAGGUGAGAAAUGAGGUUUCUGAAGGUGAAGCUGAGGGGAAGAGCUAUGGGGAUUUGGGCUCUGGAGUAGAAGCCAGAGAUCACGGAGAGUUGACCGGUGUUUUGGACUGAAAGAGAAGUAAUGGAGUGCCAUGUAAAGGGGGCAGGAGGCUGGCAUCCACCACCCAGUACGACUUGUUGUUCGGGGCUCUGUCUUGUCUUGAAUGGCAGUAAGUUUGCAGAGUUUCAGCCCUCUUUGUCUUUGGAAGAAGUCAUUAGCUUGCUUUUCCUUUUUUAUUUUUUCACCUUGUCAUUGGAGUCUCUGCAUUUCCCAAGAGGGCCCUCUGUGAAAUAGGUUAAUGAAAAGAGAAGCCUUAGCCUCGGUUCUCGUUCAGUCCUCAACACCUACCUUCGUGACCUUACUGAGCCAGGAAGGGUGCGAGCAAAAUGCUUCCUGCAGGCUUGUCGCCCCCGCCGGAUCCACGUGUCACGGAGGGGAGCAGGGAGUUUCCUACAAGUGGUUUUCCAACCCGUGGAGUUUGGAUGACACUUGGCGUUACCUCAUUUCUCCUCCACUCCCUCCCCAUCUCCUAACAGGCAGAUCGAUGUCCUGUGUAUCAGUACCAGUUAUUGACUCCCGCAGCAGAAGCUGAGGAAGAGAAAGAUGUUACUGUCAUUUCCUGGUCCUCUCAUGUUCUCCAGCUCGCAAACGUUGGAAACUUUCCCAGACCUUUACAGGUGCCUCCGAAAACAGGCAAAAUGGAGACUCCUGGCACUGUUGGGGCUUUAAAUGAAAACUUUAAUGAAAAAGGCCAGUUGACUUGAAAAUGCCCAAAUGCUUCCAGUCUUUAAAACAGCUCCAGAGCUCCAUAACAUUCCUGGCUAGAUAGGAACACCCUCUGGCUGCCCUUGACCCCCUGUCGGUGAAAGCAGACCAGUCGCACGGAGGGGGACAGAGGUUGAACUUUGUUCCUUGGGGAGGGUCUUCUUGCUGUUGGAAUGAGUUGAGAAACAUAUCUUUUAUGUGGCACUUCCCUUGCGGCCAAGUAUUUCUUUUUUCCAGUUCUUGGAAGGGUGCCAAAGGCUUGUCCAAGCGAUUGCUAGUUUAGUGCUGGUAGGCACUUAAAUCUCUGGUCACUCGAUAAAGAACAAGAGGCCUGGGUGUUGUUAAAGCUGUUGAUACCAUAGCCAUGGUAGGUAAUCCAUAUUGGAUAUCCAUAAGGACCACGUGGAAAUAUUUAAAGAGAGAGAAAUAUAUAUAUAAAUAUAUAAUUAUAUACAUUUUAUCGUACAGAUUUUUCGUAAAAAAAAAUAAUUUUUUUUCCAAGUUUGAUACUGUAAAUCUUUAUUAAAAGAAAUUGCCAGUCCAGGGCUCCCUGGGUGGUGACCUGGAGGGGAAUGAAAUGUCCUGGCUAAACUUCCACAGGGGGAUCAGAAUUGCAAGGUAACGUGGAGGGAGGAAUGACCCGAAAGCUGUUGACCAUGUUGGAGACCCAGCUCCUCCACCCUCCGUCCCGGAGGGCCCUCCAGCUUGGGGUUGUCACAUUGCAUUCCUCUGGGGUUUGGUUUGUUUCUGUUUGAUUUUUUGUUUCUUUUUUUUUUUUUCCUCUCCGUCCUGCACUUGCAAGCCUGACACCCAGGGCAAGCGUGGCGCGGGGAGCUGGCUGCCGCUGCAGAGUCCCCAGGGCGCUCCCCCGCCGCAGUACCUCUCGCUCAUCUCUUGCUGCAGUAGUUGGGGUGCCGGGGCUCCCUUCUCUGCCCCUCUUCGCUUGCCAAGGAGUGGUGGGCUCUGAGUUUGAGUGCUGGGAGUGCUCUCCCGGGCCUGGCCUUCCUUGCUCCUCCGCAACGUGGGCACAGCGGGAUGCUGGAACAGCCUGCAGCAUCCACACAGGUACCGGGAGGGAGUCCCUGGUCUCGUAGGCGCCUUUGCUGGUCUCUCCAUUGGCAGUGGGGAAAUCUUUUUCCCUCCAGGGCACCUCCAGACCCUCGAAGCAAGUCAGCAUCUCAGCUCUUGCCCACCCCUACCGCCUGCAGGAGCCCUGGGUGCCACCACAGCCGUGGGGAGGGACAGGUGCUGGUGGGCGAGGGCACAAUGCCAUGGACGCGUGGCACGGUCGGGCUUCUGCACGGCUCAGACCCCGGGGAGGAGGAGAAGGUGGCAUUUUGGUUUUUCUUUUUUUUUUUCUUCUCUCUCGAAUCAUUUAAACUUCAUUGUCAUGAUUGUUUUUAUUUAAAAAAAAGAAAAAAAAGAAAACAAAGAAAAACAAAACGAAAACGAAAAACUUUUGUAACGUGGAUUUGUUUUCCUUCGUCUGUAUUUCAGUCUGCUGGGGUGUUUCCGUAGAUGGUGGAUACUUGCUUUCAUUUUUUUAAUGAUAGAAGUCUUCUGUUUUAAGUUGUUUUUUAUCACCAGCUCAUUCUAUCCUCUGUGGUUACUCAGUAAUUUCAUUUCAAUAUUUAUUUUUGUGCUGCUUUUUUAUUAUAAAAUAAAUUAUUGAUAUACCAAGCAAUGUGGAUUCCUGUUUGUAAGGCGAGUAGCCCUGUGUAUGUGUCCAUUACUUUCUCUUGACAGCCACAACGUAAUUUAUUGCUGUAAAUUUAGCUGCAGUGACUGGUUUUUUUGUACCUUUCCAAUAAAGCAUUUUCUGGUUUCA